AUGUUCUACCACUUGACCGGGCUCCUUCCAGAGCAGAUGCUCUACUUGGUUUGGCUAUCAACGGGGAGGCGCUACCAUUGGUUGCUGGACACGGUGUCGUUGCCGGGUCGGCCGAUGGUCGUGGAUGUGGGUGCAGCUGGUGGCCUUGACAGUUCGCUGUAUUUGGCACUGGGUGCUCGAGUUGUGGCCUACGAGGCCAAUCCUUUCGCGUACAACUGCACGGCGAGCCGACUGGAGCCGGCACUUCGAAGGGGCCUUCUCCAGCUGCACAGUGCCAAGAUCAGCCGAGGACGAGGCCGCGAAGAGUUUGUGGGCUCAAUCCAUGCUUUGGACUUCGAGCGGGCUGGAGAAGCUGAGCUGCCCAAAUACGCUGCGGACAGGUUCGCGAACACGGUGCAGCUGCUCGCCACGAGCUGCGCUGACAUCAUCGUUGAGCAGGGUACACCUUUUUACAUGAAGAUCGAUGUUGAAGAUGCAACAAAAAUGUGUCUCGAUUCUUUGGGCGAAAUUGUGGAAACCUCCAGACCGACUCUCAUCUCGGCAGAGAUAGAGGACGAAACUGUGCUGAUGCGUUUGGCAGCAUUGGGCUACCAGAGCUUUAAGAUCGUGCGCCAGUCGCCUCACGGCUUUCUGAGAUCAACGGCUUCCGGUGCUUGCGCCCUUCAUGGCGCAAAACUGCUGAAGGAGAGUGCGACCGGCUUGUUCGGUGAUUUCGCAACUGAUUUGAUCACCGGAGCGGAAUGGCAGUCCUUCGCAGAUGCCUUGGACCUUUAUACGACAGUAGCGAACCCACAUGUUAGGUCGGCUGUGGCAGCAUGGUUUCCAUCUGCGAACUCCGAGUGGUAUGAUGUCCAUGCUCGACGCACUGCUUCA